AUGUACAUCUGUCUAGCAAUCAGGACUCGUCUGCAAAGCCAUGAACAGUUAAGCAUGAAGCUGACUCAAUGUUGCGAGUUUCGGCCAAGAGAGCUAAAAAGUCGUCUGCUUGAGCAAAAAGUCCUUAAGUUGCGCAAACUGCCGAUCCAGAAGUUGGUGAUAGCUCCGCUGGUCAAGUUCGACACUCAUGUUGAAGUCACGGAGGCAUCCAAGCAUGAGAUCGUCGCUAAUGCGUACAAGCUGGGAUACUUGGAUUGCAGGAAUAGUGCUUCUCCUUGUUGCCCUCUUGAACAUGAAGACGAAGCAGUUGAAGAGCAAAUAGCAGAUGAAGCUGCAAUAGAGAAAGACAACUCCCAAGGUAGCGUAGCUGAUAAAGCUAGACCAUAUGCGAAGGAGCAGGCAGGUGAGGCUGUUGAGUAG